AUGACUGAGAGACUACGAGUGAUCAUUGUCGGCUCUGGCCUGGCGGGCUUAGCUUCUGCUAGGAUCCUUCGGGAGCAUCACGAUGUCACCGUCUAUGAGCGCGGCGGUGCCGACACAGCCACCGGUGGACAGGGUAUCAGCCUGUUCUCGAAUGGUAUCAAGAUUCUUGAGACAAUGGGUUUUGAUCGACACCGCGCCGGCGCCGUGCCGUGCUAUGGCUACCGAGGGUUCGACAAAGCCGGUAACCAAUUGCAAGACUUUCCAAUUGACUUCAAAGGAAAGUAUGGAGCAGACACCCUGACAAUGAAGCGGUCGGAUUUCCGCGAUGAACUCUUAUUGUUGGCAACAGCUCCUUCUGCGGAGCUUGGUAUUCAGGGUUCUCCGGCGCAGAUGAUCUUCAAUACCAAUGUGAUUGAUAUCGACCCCGAGAAGGGCAGCAUUGCACUUGAAGACGGUUCCGUGGUAGGAGCUGAUUUGGUCAUUGUUGCCGAUGGUGUGCAUUCACGUCUCCGUCACCGGAUUGUAGGCUCUGAUACGUAUCGAGCCAAGAAGAACGGCAUGACUUGCUACCGGGUUGCCAUCUCAGCUGAGGCUGUCAAGCAGGCGCUUGGCUAUCUUCCCACGUGGUGGGAUCCAGAAACCGCCAAUGGCCGUAUCUCUGCUCUCCAGGCGGGUGAUGGCAGUAACCGGAUGAUUGCAAUGUAUCCCAUUCGGAAUUACGAGUAUAUGAACUUCUCGUGUCUUUUCCCCACUCGGCAGAAUAACGGGAACGUCCUGGAAUCGUGGUACGCAGAUGGUGACCGACGUGAGAUGAUCGAGACAUUUGACGAUUACUACGAGCCCAUGCGGAAGAUCCUCAGCAUUGCCACUGAAGUGAAAGUCUGGGAACUUCAGGAUAUGGACCCUCUUCCCAACUGGAACCGGGGACGUGCAAUCUUGAUUGGGGACGCAGCCCACGCAAUGACUCCGAUGCAGGGCCAGGGGGCGAACAUGGCAAUGGAAGAUGCAGACGCUUUUCGCUUGCUGCGCCCAGGCACGUCUCAUGCAGAUAUUGCCGCGAUUCUUGAACAGGUCGACGGUUUCCGCCGGCCUCGUGCUACAAGAGUACUGCAGGAUACCCGUGUUCAGGCAAAGGAUAUCACUAUGGAGGAGCGAAUCGCCAAUCUCGACUACAACUGUGGUUAUAAUGGUGUUUUUGAGACUCGAAAGGAGACCCAGUGA